AUGACGAGCUUCUUUGCCACCAUCUUCUCGUCGCCGACGCGCAUCAAGGAGCCGGCGCGGCCCUCGUCAACACCGCGACGCAAACAUCUUCAGCCGUCCGCGUCGCCUCUGAAGAGCCAUCUCAUUUCACAGACCGUAUCCAAGGCGCCCAGUACGCGAAAAAGCGUCACAUUCAAGGUCCCAAUUCUCGAGGAGAGCCCUCCUAGACUACAAUUCCAAUCACAACUACCACCACAUUUCAACACGCCACUCGAAGCCGACGAAGACAAAGAGAAUACAAUUCUUCAAACCAGUCCACUGCUAUCCGUUAACCCUCUGGAUACGGUGCAUAGCUCGAGCCCAUGUCCUAGCCCAGAUCCCAGCCCAAAGUCGAGUCGCAAGACGCGCAGCCCACAAACGAAGAACAGCACAGGUGAUGGAAAGUCAAGGUCGACGGCAGAUGACGGCGAGGAAAGCGUCGAAGAGUCCUUUGAACGAUUCAUCGGCUAUAGGUGGAGCGAUCGCGAUCUGGAGCUCCAUGUGGAAUGGACAUCUGGAGAUGUAUCGUGGGAGCCCGAGAGCAGCCUGUACAGCGAUGCGCCAGCAGCCGUGCUGGAAUACUAUGAAGAGAUUGGCGGACGACCCAAGAACCCGGCGGAUCCUCUCCUCUAUGACGUCCACGGUAUACUGAAGCACUCGCCUGAUCGCAAGAAGGUUCUAGUUGAGUGGGUUGGUUUCGGCCCCAAGGAAGCCACGUGGGAGCCCAGACACGUUAUUGCGAAAGCUGCGCCGCAAAUCUCCAAGGAUUACUGGGCUGAGCAAGCAGCUAAAAGGACGCGGGGGAAAGCCAAGGCUCGUGGUAGGCGGAGGCAGUGA